AUCUGCAGGACAAACAGAAACGCGCAACAGGCCAAGGCUUCUCAGGUGCCUCCCAGUCACACCCACUUCCCUCUCAUUUCCUGAGCGGGCUGGGCAAGAACCCCCCUCCUCCUGCCUAGAGAGAGGCUGCAGCUCAAAGGAGCAUCCACUCUGCCUGCCCUAACCCAGAUCCUCGCACCCACUCCUACCUUAACUCCGGCUUCUCCAGGGCCUGCUAUGGACGCGGCAACCAAGGUUGAAAUGCAGCCUGCACUUUCUCCUGGCUCUUCCUGCCCAGGGCCUGAGUGGCCAGAGCAGGAGAGGGCGGACCAGCUGGCCCGAGGAGCAGCACUCAAAUGGGCAUCAGGCAUCUUCUACCAGCCAGAGCAGCUGGCCAGGCUGGACCAGUACCGCAGCCGCGAGGUUCAGCGUACCUGCUCCCUGGAAGCACGCAUCAAGUCGGUGGUGCAGUCAUACCUGGAGGGUGUGAAGACUGGUGUGUGGCAGCUGGUCCAGGCCCAUGAGGCAGUACAGGGAGCCCGUGAGGCCCUGGGCCAGGUCCAUGGGUUGCUCCGGAGCAUGGCUGAGGCCACACAGGAUCUAGAGCCCCUGAGGGAGCAGGUUGCACAGCACAAGCAACUGCAGGCCCUCUCUCAGCUGAUGCCCCGGCUGCGGGCAGUACCAGCUGCGGUGGCCCACACACAGACCCUGAUUGAUGCCCAGCAGCUCUUGGAGGCAUAUGUGAGCCUUCAGGAGCUGGAGCAGUUGCAAGAGGAGACAUGGGCACCUCUAGGGGGGCUGGAGGUGCCAGUCUUCGAGGGGCUGGGUCCUCUGGCUGAGGCUCUGGGUCUGGCUGUGGAGGCAGCUGCAGGGGCUGCAGGGAAGCUGGCCCGGGAGGACCCAGCCCUGCUGGUGGCUGCUAUGCGUGUGGCAGAGGUAGAUGCUGGGCGCACAACCUCCCUUGGGCAGGCUCCCCGCGACUGGCGGCAGCGCUGUCUGCGGGCACUACAGGAGGGCCUAGAGAAGACCCACUUUGGAAGACCUCUGCUGCCUGGGCCAGGGGCCCUAGCAGGGUGGCUGGAGGCUCUGCAGGUGGCUCUACCAGCUGAGUUGGCCACAGCUGAGGCACUAAUAGCACCCUGCUGCCCACCACACUACAAGGUGGUCCAGCUGUGGGCCCACACCCUGCAUGGUGGCCUGCGCUGCUGCCUGCAGCAACUCCUGAAAGGGCCUGAACUGGUAGCUGCUGAUGCCUUCACCUUGCUGCACUGGGCACUGCAUGUGUACCUGGGGCCAGAAAUGAUGGGGAGCCUAGAGUUGGGGCCUGAGGCUGAUGUGUCUCAGUUGGAGCCCCUCCUGACCCUGGAGAACAUCGAGCAGUUAGAGGCAACAUUUGUGGCCAAAGUCCAAGCAAGUGUGGCCCAGUGGAUGCAGAAGGCACUAGAUGGGGAAGUAGCUGAGUGGGGCCGAGCGCAGGAACCCGACACAGACCCAUCUGGCUUCUACCACUCACCAAUGCCAGCUACCGUGCUGCAGAUCUUGGAAGAGAAUAUUCGUGUGACCAGCCUGGUCAGUGAGUCAAUGCAGCAGCGAGUGCAUGGCAUGGCACUGUCAGAACUGGGCACAUUUCUGAGGAGCUUCAGUGAUGCUCUGAUCCGAUUCUCCCGAGACCACCUCACGGGGGAAGCCGUGGCCCCUCACUAUGUGCCCUACCUACUGGCCACUCUCAAUCACCAGUCAGCACUCAGCUCCUCCGUGUCAGUCCUGCAGUCUGACGGGGUGGCUUCAGGGGUCUUGGCUCCAGUGGAGACAGUGCUGGACGAGUUGCAGAGGAGGAUCUGCCGUCUGGUGUUGGAGGCUCUGCUGGUUGAGCUCCAGCCCCUGUUCGCGGCUCUGCCCUCGCGCCGGUGGCUGUCGAGUUCGGAGCUGCUGGAAGAUGUGUGUGAACGGACGGCGCGCUUCUGCAGGGACUUCCAGCGAGUGCGGAAUCCCGCGGUCCAGCUGCUGCUGGCCGAGGCGGAGCGUACCGUGGUGCUGCAGUACCUUCGUGCGCUGAUGCAAGGCCGCCUAGUGUGCCGCGGUGCGGACGAACGAACCAAGGCAGCUGAGCGCUUGAAGCAUGAUGCAGCCCAGCUUCGGGAGCUUUUCCUCGGCUUGGGCCUGAAGGAAAGCGUUCAGUGUGCGCCGGUGCUGCUCGCUCUGCGGGAAUUGCUGAACCUCCGCGAUCCCACACUGCUUGGCCUCGAGGUGGCAGGCCUGCGCCAAAAAUUUCCUGACGUGAGCGAGGAUCACAUCUCUGCCCUCUUGGACCUGCGCGGGGAUGUGUCCCGAGAGCAGCGCCUGGCUGCACUCAUAUCCCUGCAGGCCCUCCCACAGCCCUCGCCGCCCGCGUGCCACCGCGCACUCUUCAGCCUGGUGCCAGCACCCACGCCCACGCCGUCCUCUUGCCUCCCCUCGGGGUCUUGUGCCUGACACCCGGCUAUCUGCAGAAUAAAGCCACGGCCCUCGUACGCCUAAAUUGUGUUGGGGAGGGGGAGAUGAAAUAAAAGUGCCCGCGAAGAUUAGGGGUCCACGCGCAGUGACACGUCUAAGGUA